GUCGACCAAGGACUCGCGAGUCAGAAACAUCGACAUGUGGAUGAAUAAGUGGGUGCUUUUUUGUUUCGUGCUCGCCUGGGUGCAUGCGGAACAGGACGUGCAAUUGGAGAUCCCUCAGGGGAUCCUGAAGGGCCUGAAAACGGAGACUAUUCUCCGUAAUAAACCCUACUACAUUUUCAAGGGAAUACCUUACGCGAAACCAAAUGUUGGCCCCAACAAGUUUAGAAUAUCAGAGCCUGCUGAUCCUUGGGAAGGCGUUUACGACGCAACCCAACAUCGUUCGACGUGUCCGUUUUAUUGUAUGAUUAAAAAGGGCCUUAUCGGCGAUGAGGACUGUCUGUAUCUCAACGUUUACACUCCCGCCCUCGAUAAAGAAGCUCGUAAAGCCGUUAUGGUAUGGUUCCACCCCGGUGGGUUUAAUUCUGGCAUGGCUGAUGAUGCACUUUUUGGACCAGACUUCUUGCUCGAGAACGAUGUGGUAGUUGUUACUGUAAAUUACAGGCUUGGCGCACUUGGCUUCUUGAACACUGGGGACAAGAGUGCUCCCGGGAAUGCUGGCAUGAAAGACCAGGUUAUGGCGCUCAAAUGGGUGAAAGAUAACAUUCACUUUUUCGGUGGUUGCCCAAACAGAGUGACUAUCUUCGGUCAAAGUUCUGGAGCAGCUUGCGUUCAAUUCCACAUGCUGUCCCCCAUGUCUGAAGGUUUAUUCAGCGGCGCCAUUCAGGAAAGCGGAAGUGCGAUCAAUCCGUGGGCGAUGUCGUAUAAUCCAAGAGAUCAAGCUUUCAUGUUAGGAGAGGCUCUUGGGAUACACACCACAGAUUCAGCUGAAUUGGUCGAGAAAUUAACAGAGUUCCACGUUAAAGACAUCAUCGCAGCCUCUAAUCAAAUAAUGACUAAUCAGAACACUCUGAAUGGGAACAUGUUCGCUUUCGUUCCAUCGGUCGAAGUUGACCUAGGGCAGGAUAUAUUUUUAUCAAACGAUCCAUGGACGCUGUUGAAGUCUGGAAAAAUUGCUGACGUGCCAUUGAUGGCUGGAGUCGUUGCUGAGGAAGCUCUGUUCUAUGGCCAACAGAUGUUAGACGCCAUUGAUAUGUUAAACACCGAGCCAGAAUUAUUCGUGCCACUGGAUCUGAAUUACACCGACUCGAACUCGAGAAGGGAAUCUGGCGAGUGUUUGAGAAGAUUUUAUUUCGGAGACAAACAUGUAUCGAAGGAGAAUAUAAACGAAUACACUAAGAUGUUAAGCGACGUUUUGUUCAAUGCUGGUGAAAUUCUGUCACUUGAUAUUUUAAGGAAUCGACUUUCAGCCCCGAUUUAUGAAUACAUGUUUAACUAUGAGGGACCAUUUGGUUUCAUGAAGAGCUUGUUUGGCAUCAGUGAUGGAAUUGCACAUGGCGACGAAUUGAGUUACUUGUUCUACUCGAACGCCUUUAAAAAUCUACCUGAACCAGGUUCCUCCGCGGAGAAGAUGACAAACAUUAUGACUAAAUUAUGGACGAAUUUCGCCAAAGACAGAAAUCCAACUUCGAAUAUGGACGACGACAUAACAGUCAGUUGGGAACCAAGAGGAACCGACAACAAUUACUUGAUCAUUAACCAGGAAUUAAAGAUGGAGAAGAAUCUAAUGGCAGACAGAUCUGACUAUUGGAAAAGGAAAUAUAAAGACGUGCUUCCAUGAGCUUUUCUACGUGUAAUAUAAGUACCAUUGUUCAAAAUUCGGUAGAAGUAAUUGAAUCGCAACUAUAACGAUUAUAAUCACAUAAAAACAUUAUAGAAUGCAACUGCAUUAAAAAAUGUACUCUA